CAACUCCAGCCUCUUUCUCUUCCGCGAGGGUCCGAAGUCAGGACGGGGAUCUGACUGCUGCUGCUCUUGCAUCGGUAGCGCGAAGGGGAACCGCAUGGCUACCGCCACCGCCUCGCUCAGAAGAGUCGCUCGGGAGCUUUUGACCACUCUGGGGGUGACUCGAAGCAGCCACCGGGGCGUGCAGCGACUCAGUGCUCUACCACUUGAUAUUCGCCCUGCCACACCUGUAAUAAAAAAAAGCUACCUCAAUGGGCCUUCAGACAUCCCACUUAUUUCCAGAACUGUGGAUCAGUGCCUAGAGGAAACUACCCACCGGUUUCCAGAAAGAGAAGCCUUGGUAUUCUUAACUGAAGGUGUCCGAAAAACUUUUUCUCAAUUUAAGCAAGAUGUGGAGGAAGCUGCCACUGGGCUUCUGGCCCUUGGUUUGAAAAGGGGUGACCGAUUAGGAAUGUGGGGUCCUAACAAUUAUGCAUGGGUCCUAAUGCAAUUCGCUACAGCCCAGGCAGGGAUCAUUCUGGUGUCUGUGAACCCAGCAUACCAGUCCCACGAACUGGAGUUUGUCCUGAGGAAGGUUGGCUGCAAAGCACUUGUGUUCCCUACCCAAUUUAAAACUCAGAAAUACUAUGAGAUCUUGAAAAAUGUAUGCCCAGAAUUGGAACAUUCUAAUCCAGGAGCACUGACAAACAAGAAAUUACCAGAGCUUUCGGUUAUCAUCUGUGCGGAUGCCAAGCUACCUGGCACAUUCUCAAUGCAGGAAGUGAUGCAAGCUGGAGAGAGCAGCCAUAUGAAAGAGCUACAGGCGAUACGGAAGAUGCUGAUCAACAAAGAACCGAUUAAUAUUCAGUUUACUUCAGGAACGACAGGAAGUCCCAAAGGAGCAACACUUUCUCAUUGUAAUAUUUUGAAUAAUGCAAAUUUUAUUGGCAUAAGACUGGGACUAAAUGAGAUGGAAGCUCGUUGCUGUGUUCCCGUUCCUCUCUACCACUGCUUAGGAUCUGUGGGAGGCUGUAUGGUGAUGGCUGUGCAUGGUGUCUCCCUUAUUUUUCCAUCUCUCAGCUUUAAUGCCAAAGCCACUCUGAAAGCUAUAGAAAAAGAAAAAUGCACCCACGUGAAUGGCACUCCAACAAUGUUCAUAGAUAUGUUAGGCCAGCCUGACUUUGACAGCUAUGAUCUCUCAAGUCUUCAAGGAGGGGGUAUUGGAGGUUCACCUGUGGUUCCUGAAGUCAUGAAGAAGAUUAUCAACAAAAUGAAUAUGCGGGAUAUAGUAGGUGUGUAUGGAACAACGGAGAAUAGCCCAGUAACUUUCAUGGGCUUCCCUCAAGACAACAUAGCACAGAAAACAGAAACCGUAGGAUAUAUUUUCCCACACACAGAGGCAAAAAUUGAGCACCCUAAUACAGGGGAAAUCCUCCCAUUAAACAGCUCAGGAGAACUUCAGAUUCGAGGCUACUGUGUCAUGCUGGGAUAUUGGGCAGACCCCAACAAAACCAAGGAAGUGUUGAAUGAUGAGCAGUGGUACAAGACUGGGGACAUUGCUAUCCUCGAUGAGUAUGGCUACUGCAAGAUUGUAGGUCGCUGCAAAGACAUGAUCAUCCGAGGAGGGGAGAACAUAUAUCCAGUAGAGCUUGAACAAUUUCUACACACACAUCCUAAAAUUCAAGAAGUUCAGGUAGUUGGUGUAAAAGAUGAGCGAUUUGGAGAAGAGAUCUGUGCUUCCAUCAGAGUGAAAGCUGGAGAGGAAUGCACGGCAGACGAAAUCAAGGCAUUUUGCAAAGGAAAGAUUGCUCAUUUCAAGAUUCCUCGAUACGUAGUGUUUGUGGAGGAUUUCCCACUCACUGUCUCAGGCAAGAUUCAAAAAUACAAACUGAGAGAGCAGAUGGAGAAACAUCUUCAACUUGCAUAGAAGGAGGCAGUGUAAGAGAUCUACAAACGAACAUGCUGUCCGCCGCCUUCUUUUACUUCCAAACAUUUAAGAAACUGGAAAGGAUCACUGGCCAGCCUUAAGAAGCAUUGUCUGCUGAUUACCAAAUCAAGUUUGCUUAAAAUUGUAUGCUUUUUCUAAAAUAAAAAUUUAGAAAAAUAAAAA